CUGAAUAAACAGCUGAAACCCCGUCUCCAGGCUUCAUAAUCCUGGAAUGAGCUGCAGCAGCUGUGUUGCUCCGGAGGAUGCAAUAAGCAGUCAGGAGGGGGGAAAUACUGCCUGUAAGCCUUCCCUGCCUGCCCCUCCUGCAGCCGACCACGGGAACAUGAACGCUGUUUCUCUCCGGGUCCUGUUUGUGCUGAUGGUCUUGUGCCUGGCAACGCUGGCUGGAGGGCAACCCAAAGCACCUCUCAAGUGUUCAACAGAGUGCAACCAUUUUGCGUCUCAGAGGGUGGAGAAGCUGGUAAGGAGCUACCGCAGGACGGAACCCAGCUGCCGCAAGCAAGCUGUCAUAUUUAUUACUCUGAAGUCCAGGGAGAUUUGUGCAGAUCCAGAGGCAGAGUGGGUGAAUAAGAUUAUAGAGAAACUGGACCAGAAGGCGGCUGCAGCCUCCCCACUUCCACGUGAUGCCACCUCAGCAGUGGCACCGGAAGAGCCUGGUGUUUUUCAGAAACACAUUGGUCUUACAGUAACAGCUCCAUCUCAAGCCACUACUCCAACUAAUUUCUUCCAGGGAACUGGCACAACAGUUUUGGAGAGAAUACAUGUUUCUGCUGCCAGGAUGGAGGUGUCCAGCAAGUCCUCACCAGCCAUGCAGGACACCACCCAGGUCCCUGCAGGAGUGUCCCCCAUGACAUGGGAAGUUGCUGCCCACUCUGAAGUCACUCCAGAAGCAAACAGAAAUUCCUUAAAAUCUCCUGCACCUUCAACAACUUUUUCAGCAGGCAUGGUUUCCAGCCAGCCCACCCCAUAUCCCACAGCUCUUGUGCGUGGCUUUGACAGCACCGUAGGAUCUACAGAACCUGUAGGACAUACUGUAAAUGCUAUGGUUGAUGUUCAAGACACGACUUCUAGCUCAAAUUCAGACCCCAUGGCCAUUACUAAAGGAUCAGACCAUCCUGUACUUUAUAUAAAUGAAUCUCUAGACCCUACAAGCGCAAGAGCCAAAGCACCAGACAGUGCUUCUAGCAGCCUUAGUUCGGAUCUCCCCUCCAUCCCGGACAGCACAGGGAUCACCACAGCCCCAGCCACACCAGUUCCACCAGCAACUACUUCAGUUUCUGCGCUAAACUCCACAACUGCCAUAGACAAAGGUCCUUUUGUCCAUACCAACAAGUUUGUCAGUUCCUUUGCAGAUGCUUUUGGUACUAGAACAUCUGAUUAUUCAUCGUCUGUAGGAAAGCAAGAGUCUUCGGAUACAUUAAUUUUUACUAGUCAGGCCUUCUCAGGCCAAGCCAGAGUGCAGAUGACUACGGAAGGACCAAAUGAUCUGCCUCUUCCCAGCAUGUCGAGAUCAACAACGCACUUUGUUAUCUCAGUUUCUGUGGUAGGUGGUCUGAUGGCUUGCAGUGUUACUGCCGCAUGGCUAUAUUUAAAAUUUGGAGUCAAACCAGAAGAAAUGUCAAGAGAAAUGGUAGAGGGCUUGCUCUACCAGAAGAAGGGACACCAAAACAAUGUCUAUCUAAUGGAAGUAAUCUGAAUGCUUUAUGGAAUGGACAUUUUUGGCCUAAACUAUAUGUGUGUUGCUGCAGGAAAGCUAAGUUUAUGCUGAACUGGUGACCAGUAGGAAGCAAGGCAGGAAAUAAAAAUACCAGAGAAAACUGAUUUUUUUUAAGAGCAGAAUAUUCAAAAAUAUAUCUAAUUCGUCAUUGACCAAUGACGGCAUUUUGGAUAUCAAUGAGAUGCUUUUAUCUUCCUGCACUGUUACGUACAAAGGCUGUACAAAGGCUGUUGCUGUUCUGGAUCUGCUUGGUGGCUCUUUGCCAGGUGGUGGGCAGAAGUGAAUUUCCAAACUACUCUUGGGAAUUUUUCUGUGUUUCAUCAUGGCCCAGCUGAGAAGCCACCCACUCACCCAUGCUGCUGGACUUGGGCUCAGCCGCCUUGAGCAAUCUUAACACCAAACCCACACAAUUUGCACUUAAACUCUGCUGCUUCAUUCUUUGCACUUCAGGUUGCUGGUCUGUCAGACCAAGACCAAUGCUGGUGGUCAGCUGGGUGCUGGCUCUCCUUGGGCUGAUUGAGUACCCCACUUACUCUCGCUGGAGACACGAGGCGUAGUCUGGCUUUUCAGACAGAGAUGACAAAAACUAUGUCUGAUUGGGGGACUGAAGGUCAGUGCUACUAUCUCAUGUUCAGAGGAGAUGGCAACCCACAAUCUCCUUGAAAUUAGGCCAACAGCUAUGGGUACUUCUUCUAGCAGAUUUAGUCUGAGACCCUGGUUCUUGGCAAAUCAAUCACAAUAAAACCCUUCUGCCAGCUGAUGCACCCCGUGUCUGGCUGCAUCCAACACCAGGACAAGAUAAUCUGGAUGAGCCUUUGCAAAUGGGAGAAAUCGAGACAUCACCCUACAGUUUUGCUUUUCCUGUGACAAAUUGGAGGGUUUUUGCUGUUGUCUACAUGCACAAAACUGAGGAGAUACUCUCUUGGAGGAGUUAAAUGCAGUUCUGGGUUUAGUCAUACAGGAAUCACUCCACCACAGCAGACAUAACCUCCUUCUGGUUCCAUAUUCUCUCGAGAAAUAAGCACAUUUGUUGAUCCACGAAAAAGCACAAAAUCCCUGUUCACGGUCCUACACUUCAGCCGCAUUUUAGCUUUUCUUUUGUUGUAUAGCAGUGAUCACCAGGCUGUUAAAGCACCAUAGCAGUACCAGGCAUUUUUUUAAUCCAAACUGGUUUUUAUUUUUAUACAUCUAGACACUGCUGUAUGUAAACUUUAUAUUUUUUCUGUGGCCAAUUCCUGAAAGCCCUUACUGAACAUUGCUUCCAGUAUGAAUUUUGCUGGGGCAUGCAGCAAAUGAUGCACUUCACUAUAUGAUGCUUUGUAGAUAGAGAUACAUGUCAAGGGUCGGAUCCUUCUCUAAAUAACCUCAGUGGAUCAGAUCCUGGAGUAAAAAUAUGCAUGUAGAAAAAAGAGAAAACCCACAUCAUAAGCAAGAUAAUGAAAGCAAAAAUGACUGGCCAGCUGUAAAGCAGAGCUACAGGAAGGUGGCCUAUUAGAUCCAUCAGAUCACACCUUCAGGGCAUCCAUCCAGCCCUGGAGGUGGAGAGGAUGGACUGUGAUGGUGUUUGUUUUCUGCCAUCUUCCCUCCUUUUUGUUGACUUGAGAGAGGGGAGCCAGGGAUUCUUCUCACGUUUUGCAAGUACAGAAUGCCAUCAGAUUAAUUGUAAUUAGGAAUUUAGGGUGAAACCCCUUCUUGUGCAGCAGCACUCCUGUGCAGAGCAGCUGUGUAACUCUGUCUGGGGUUAACUUACCGGGAGAGUAAACUGGGAGUGGUAAGUGCCACCUCCCCAUCCGCCCCACUUGUUCCUGGCUGGGGUUCAUGACCUCGCAGUUCGUGAGGCAGCAUACUGUGGUAUUGUUUCUAUUUGAAACACUAGAAAUGUUAUUUUUGUAGUAAACUUUUGUAGCCAUUUGAAUGUAUGUAAUGUCUUGUUUUUGUCUCUACUGAAGCACUGCGGAGUCGAGACCUUCCUGGGAACAUUGGAAACCACUGUGCCUUGUCUAUUUUCUAGCUGGUCUUGGAUGGCUUGUGCAUAUCCAUGGGAGCUGGGUUGCUCUACAGGCAUUACAGGGGAAAUGGAGUGGACACUUGUCUGGCUAUGGGUGAAGCCUUGGCUUGGAGUAAUGCUGGGGAGAUAAAUGUGCACCAGGCAAAUCUGACCACUUUGAGUCCCACCACGCUAUUUGUAAGGACGCUGUUUUCAGCUCCAUGGCCAGCUCCCACCAUCUUCCAGCUGUGAUGGGCACACUGGCACUCGUCAGGAGGAGCUGCUCUUCCAGCCUGACUCUGUCCUUGUGCUCGCCUUGCUCCCCUCUCCUGUUCCCAGGCUGUUAGCAGGUGGGGCUCUGGCACUCCUCAUGGGGGACAGCUAAAACCCAGGGCAGCGGGGACCCCGCUGUUCCCCCUUGCUUUAUGCUGUGCAAGGGGCAGUCUGGGAGGUGAAUGCUGGUGCGGAAGGACAGAGCCUAUGGGUGUCUCCAGCUCCUGGGGCUUAAAUGUCAUUUGCUGUAGAGUGCGGCAAGUGUUGAUUCAUUCGUGUAUCAAGUAUAUAUGAGUGUGUGCAUAUGAUAUAUGUUCUGUACCUUUUCUUGGAGUAUUAAA